UCUCGGCGCUGCGCCCGCCGGCCCGCCUCAUGCGGCUGCCCAGCAUGUCGGGCCACUUUCUGCUGGCGCCCAUCCCGGAGGCCGCUGUGGACGGCCCCCCGCCCAAGGACAUCAAGCUGGCCGUGCUGGGCUCCGGCCGCGUGGGCAAGAGCGCGAUGAUCGUGCGCUUCCUGACCAAGCGGUUCAUCGGCGACUAUGAGGCCAACACAGGCAAGCUGUAUUCCAGGCUCGUUUCUGUGGAGGGAGACCAGAUGUCCCUGCAGAUCCAGGACACCCCAGGGUGCAUCCAGGUGCACGACAAUCUGGCCCAGCUGGCCGACUCCCUGUCCCGCUGUGUGCAGUGGGCCGAAGGCUUCCUGCUGGUCUACUCCAUCACCGACUACAGCAGCUACCAGGCCAUCCGACCCCUCUUCCAGCACAUCCGGAAGGCCCAGCCGGACUCCAGGGUCCCUGUCGUCGUCGUGGGCAACAAGGGUGACCUGCUGCACGCCCGGCAGGUGCAGACGGACGAGGGCCUCCAGCUGGCCAACGAGCUGGGCAGCCCGUUCCUGGAAAUCUCCACCAGCGAGAACUCCGACGACGUGGGCCAGGUGUUUCAGCACCUCUGCAAAGAGGGCCUCCCCACGCACUUAUGACUCGGACCCAGACUCAGACACCCCUGCCGUGGUCUAUUGGCCUCUGGAAUGCCAGCCCUGGAGAUCCAUCUCUCAGGUUAAGUGCUGGACCACUCUCCAACUGUCAAGUCAGAAGUUCAAUCUCACCAGCUGCACAGCAGGAGGAAGACGAGACUGUCUGCCCCCGUCAAGCAUUACAGCCUCGGAAACCCCGGGGAGCAGGUCCACUCUGUCCACAAGGGGACCUAGGAGUCAGAGUGGGCUCCCUGGCAGUGGGCUUUGCUUGUAUUUUUAAAAUUCUGCCCACGGAGGAGCCCUGGUGGCAUAACAGCUAAGUGACGGGCCACUAACUGGAAGGCUGGGGCUUGAACUCACGCAGCAGCUCCCAGGGGGCGAGUCCUGGAGGUCUGCUCUUGUGAAGAAAGGCGGCCAGGGGUUUCUGUGGGGCGGCCCUACCAGAAAGUUCCCAUGGAAAUGAGAUGGAAGGUCAUGAAAUCUUCACGAGCUUUUUGAAGCCCCUUGUGUAAUAUAUGCAUAUAUAAAUGUGUGUGCAUAUAGUG